AUGACUGGUACGAACGUCUUCCUGACGCUGUUGCUCGUUUGCCUGUCGCGGUGUCUGUCGCAGACUCCGGAGAACGAUUGCGGCGGCUCCAGUGGCGGCGAUGGAGGCGAUGGCGACGAUUCCACGGCGAGGAACGGGACCGGGCUGAUCGAAAGUCCCUCACGGCGAACCAGAGCCCUUGUUUUCCCCCAUGACUCGCAGUUAUUGCUGAUCUUCGGCCUGGGGACGCCGUUGCAGCUGGACAGGGAGAGCGUGAUCGUCGGCUACUUCGCGAAGAUCGUGUUCAAUAUGCCGGCCAACGCUUCGGACUUCACUGAGCCGGGAGUCUACUACUCCCGCGCGCAGAACAGCAGAUGGAGCGUCUACAGAAUCUUGGAAAAAGCCGCAGGUUUGUACGGGUUCGGCGGGAAGGCUUGUCUGAUGAAAGCCAUCUGCGAGGCAGCGUCCGUGCCUUUCGACGACAAGCACAGCCUACUGGGACAGCUGCUGCAGGCGCUGUUCAGGCCGUCGAGCACCGAGGAGGAGUACGAGGAGUACGGGGACAGGGAGUACCGGGCGGCCGAGCGUUUGGGCGAGCAGGUGUCGGCCGAAAACUGCCACGCCCUUUAUCCGGAGUGCCGCAGAAGCCUGCUCGACGUGUUCUCCACGGUGAUCUCGUGA